AUGACGGCGUCCUACGUGCCAUGCACAGCCCAUCCUUGCCGCCUCGAGAAGCGCUUUUCUUUUUUGUGUUGUUUUGGGAUCCCUUUGAUGGUCUCAGUGCUCCUGAUACCCAUGCCCUCUGAUGCCUGUGAUGCUCCUCCGAGAUACAGCUCUAUGAAGCCAAAUGUUACUAAACCCAAUUAUAAUCCUGGGGACAGAGUAUACUUCAAGUGUCGACCAGGAUACAAGUUUAUGCAACCUUUUCGUCCCGUAGUUUCCGUUUGUCAGUCUGAUAAUACAUGGACACCUCUCAACGAGACUUGUACAGAAAAAUUAUGUGAACAUCCAAGAGAACCUGUAAAUGGCCAGGUAGUCGGUGUAAAUGGAUCUUUUAUCUUUGGUUCACAAGUUCACUAUUCUUGUAACGAGGGUUUUCGGUUAAUUGGAAAAAGAAUUGUAUAUUGUGAACUUUCUAAUCAUGACGAAAAUUCAGUGCGUUGGAGUGAUGAUACCCCACUAUGUGCAAAGAUAAUGUGUCCGUCACCUGGAAAAAUACCAAAUGGAAAACAUACCGGUAGUGAGAAGGAUGAAUUUGAAUAUAAUGAAGGGGUAACUUACAGUUGUGAUCCUUCAAGUGGACCAGACGAAUAUUCACUUAUUGGAGAGAGGAGGCUUAUUUGUUCUGGUGAUGGUGUAUGGAGUAGUGACCCUCCUCAGUGUAAAGUCGUCAGAUGUCCAUUUCCAGACCCUGAAAAUGGAAGACUGAUAUCAGGAUUUAGAAAGAAAUAUUACUACAGAACAACAGUCAAAUUCGAAUGCUUACCGGGGUUUUACCACGAGGGCAGCAGCACAGCUGUUUGUGGUAGUAACAGUACUUGGGAGCCCGCACAGCCAAUGUGUCUUAAAGGACCUCCCCCAAGUCCUGGUGAUGAAUCAACACCUGAAGACACUGAGACUUUAGGCAAAGGAAUCAUCGCUGUGAUUGCUCUUUCUGUUCUUGCUGGCCUUGUACUACUUGGCUGCAUCCUGUGCAGAUUUUAUCGACACAAGAAGAAAGGGGGAGGAGACAUGAGGGCCGGAUACAGUGCUUGCCAGGAUAAGUCAGCUACGUCAGCAGAGCACUAA